AUGGAGCGAACAAGUAGCACUGGGAGAAAAGCCAUGGCUAGACAACGUAAGGCUGAAGUUAUGAUCGCUGGAGAACAACUCAGGUUGAGACUUCACGAUGGGAAACUGAUUAAGGACCGACGCUACCACUUGCGCACGUAUCCCAACUGUUUCGUAGCACAGGAGCUUAUAGACUGGCUUGUGAGCCAUAAGGUAGCUCCAGAUCGAGCGACAGCUGUCUGUCUCAUGCAGCAACUCAUGGAUCAUGACAUCAUUCAUCACGUCUGUGAUAAGAGGCCUGUAUUCAAGGAUGCCAAACUGCUGUACCGUUUCCGCAAAGAUGAUGGCACAUUUCCCUUCAAUACAGAGGUGAAAAUCUUCAUGCGAGGACAACGGCUGUAUGAACACCUCAUUGGGGACAAGAACUCCAUUCUGCAGUUGAGAGAGGAGCAUGGUGUUGCAUAUCAGCGCUCCUUUCCUGGCUGCCAAUUGAUUGACUGGCUCCUUCAGAACGGAGAGGCAGAGAGCCGGCGUCGGGGACUAGAGCUGUGCCGCGCAUUGCAGGAGCAUGGCAUCAUUCAGCACGUGGCAAAGAAGCAUGAUUUUUUUGACAGUGGACUACUCUAUCAGUUCUGCAUCAAUUUUCGCCGUCGACGCCGCCUGUCUGAACUGUUAAAUGAAAGUGAGCAAGACACUGAUGAAGGUGUGGCAGUGCCGAUACAAGAGGACAACCAUUCUGACAGUCCAUUUGUUGUGCGCAAAAACCCGCCCCAGGAAGGCAACAGUGCUUUCCAAUCUGUGGCAUUGAGUAAAGACGUGAAACAGGUUACAAGUGGGCGUCGAGGCAGCUUAAAUUCCCUUCAGAUCAACUCUGCUGUAUUUCUACCUCUUGGCCAUCUGUCUUCAACCUCAGUGGUGAGAUGCAAUCCUAAAUCAGUCCUUACACGAAAUUUCACAUGUGAAGAGUUAUUGGCACCUGGUGCACCCUUCAUCAAGAGAGUGUUGACGGUGUUAGGAGACGCCCUGGGCUGGGGCUUUGUGGUCAGAGGCAUGGCUCCCUGUUAUGUGCAGGCGGUUGACCCUGGAAGCCCUGCAGCAGCUGCUGGAGUCAAGGUGAGGCAGUUUGUGUGCCAGGUGAAUGGCCAGUGUGUUCUCUACCUGGACUACAGGACCAUCACCAGACUGGUCAUGACAGGCCCUCGCACUGUUGUACUGGAAAUGAUGGAACCACUGGAAUGACAACUGUCUA